GGAUCUUUGCCCCCUAGCAUCAUUGACAUGAUGGAGAGUCAAGACACGGUCAAGAGUGCUGUGUCAUGCUUGCCGAACAUUCUCAGGACCUCCAAACAGGAUCCACGCUGCGCAAGCUCGAGCACUCCGGACGAAACGACUUCACUGUUAUCAAAACCGGACGGUGAACAUGACCCCUCAUUAUUUGAUGCUGAUGGGCAAACGAAAGUCGAGAGGAUAGCUUCGGAGUUUUGGAUAUUGUUGAAAGGAUCGAUACCCGUCAUUCUGGCCUACACCCUUCAAAAUUCAUUGCAGACCAUAUCAGUCUUGAUCGUUGGCCGGCUCACUCCCGAAUCGCUCGCUGUAGCAGCUUUCAGCUACAUGUUUGCCAUGGCCUCCGCCUGGCUCAUUGGCAUGGGAGGAACGACUGCCAUUGAUACCCUGGCCUCCGCAUCCUUCACUGGAAGCAAGAACAAGCACGAUCUGGGCAUUAUUCUUCAGCGCGCUCUAUUCGUCCUCACACUUUUCUACAUUCCCGUUGCGAUCCUAUGGCUCUGCUCCGAGCCCGUAUUCAAACUUCUGGCACAAGAAGACUACAUUGCGCGAGACUCGUCCAAAUUUCUCGGCAUUCUUAUCCCAGGUGGUCUGGGCUACAUCUAUUUCGAAUGUAUGAAGAAGUACCUGCAAGCGCAGGAAAUCAUGAGGCCAGGAACAUAUGUUUUGUUGAUCACAUCUCCCAUCAACGCCGCUCUCAACUACCUCUUGAUCCACACCUUCGGACUUGGAUUAUUCGGAGCGCCCAUUGCAACUGGCAUCUCCUACUGGCUGUCAUUUAUCCUCCUGCUGCUCUACACACGAUUUGUGGCGGGCUACGAGUGCUGGGGCGGCUUCGAUCGCAAAUGUCUUAAGAACAUCGGCAGUUUCGCGAGCAUCGCAGCACUCGGCGUGGUGCAUGUGGGAACCGAGUGGUGGGCAUUUGAGAUCGUUGCUAUCGUUGCCGGGCAACUUGGCACCAUUCCUCUUGCGGCGCAGUCAGUCAUCAUGACGGCUGAUCAGGUCAUGAACACGAUACCUUUCGGAGUCGGCGUGGCAACAUCAUCACGAAUCGGCAAUCUACUCGGGGCGCGCAAUGCAAGAGGAGCUGCCUUAUCAGCGAAUACUGCAGCAUGGUUAUCAAUGUUGCUAGGCGCUCUUGUGCUUGCGAUUUUGAUGGCCACAAAGGACAACUUCGCGCGGUUAUUCAACGACGACGAUGAAGUUGUGAAGCUCACAGCCAAAGUACUGCCGUAUGUCGCGCUGUUCCAGAUCGCCGAUGGUCUCAAUGGAUCAUGCGGCGGAGCCUUGAGAGGUAUGGGGAGACAGCAUGUAGGUGCUGCGGUCAACAUCGCCUCUUACUACUGCGGCGCUCUGCCGUUGGGCAUCUAUCUCGCCUUCCAUGGCUGGGGUCUUUCAGGCCUGUGGGUGGGUCAGUGCAUUGCGCUAUACCUUGUCGGCAUUCUGGAGUGGGCUAUCGUUGCUUUCAGCAACUGGAACCAGCAGGUCGAGAAUGCCUUGAAACGAUUAGAUCCCGAGGAUGUGGCUGAACAAGGCCACGGCAGCGUCGUAUGACGAUAGCCACGAUGGUUACGACAUGACUCUUGAGGUAGAUCGUAUCAGAGCAGACGAAAAUUGGCCAGGCUAUCGGUUCAGUCAUGGUCUUCUUCCGCCC